AUGGCUGCUAGUAGUACUAAUUCUUGGCUUUUCGCUAUUUGUAUUCUGUCGGUAUUCGUCUCACCGUCAUUUUCCGACGACACAAUUUACGCCACGUCACUUCUCAAGUUCAAACAAUCUCUCACAAAUGCCACCAUGCUCGAAAACUGGAAAGAACCGGUAGUGGAUAAGCUUUGCUCGUACAACAAACCUAAUUGGACCGGCUGCUUGUGCGCGAACGACUCGUUCAUCGGCUUACGCCUCGACGGAAUGGGGUUAGGUGGCGAAAUCGAUACCGAAUCUCUUUCGAACCUGCCCCUAUUCAGCUUCAGCAUUAUGAAUAACAACUUCGCGGGCCCGUUUCCGAGCGGUGUAAACAAGCUCGGAAAGCUCAGAAGCUUGUACUUUGCUAAUAACAGCUUUAACGGCGAGAUUCCGGAAGAUUCCUUUUCGGGGAUGAAGUCUUUGAGGAAAGUUGUGAUGAGUGAUAAUUCUUUUACGGGGAAUAUUCCGUUGUCGAUGGUGGAAUUGCCUAGGUUGGUCGAUUUGCGGCUUCAGAGGAACCGUUUUGGAGGAACGAUACCGGAUUUUUCGCAGGAAUAUUUGACGGUGAAUUUUUCUUACAACGAUCUUGUGGGUCCCAUUCCGAUCUCGCUUAGUAAUCAGGAUGUGAGCUCGUUCGUCGGUAAGUUUUUUUCAGGAAUAUAUAUUUUUUUACCUUUUUUUUUACUGAUAUAAUUCGUGUUUUCUUGAAUAUUUGGAUGAUCAGGAAAUAGCAACUUAUGUGGCAAGCCUUUGGAACCAUGCAAGUCGAACAAUUAAGUCCCGGAAUUUAUUUUUUUCGAUGGAAGUUUUUCGAUUUUUAGAUACUUCAAUUGUUACAUUGAGUGUGUGUUUUUAAUCUAAGUCAUGAUAAAUUGAUGUUGGAUUUAUGGUG